UGAGGCCUUUACAGUAGUAGGGAGUGUUAGGCGGAUUCCUGAAGUUUUAUAUUACUUUAUGUCUGGAUUUUGUAAAAUUAAGAAAGCGCCAAUUGUUGGUUUCCAAUGAUAGUCAGCUAGCUAAUUGUUUUAUCUAUCGAUACAAGUACAGAAGAGGGUUUUGGGCGUGGUACACGGCUAAAUUAGCCGCAGAAGGAAGGCAUCUUUGGCGAGGGGUGCGUCAGUAUCUGAGAGUUUAUGAUGCCGACGUUGCGGGACAGCAUCAUGUCUCACCCCGGCGAGAACCCUCACCAAGUCCGGGUAAAAGCCUACUACAAAGGGCAAGUACACAGUUAGGAUUCGCAAUUUGUUUUGGGAUUAAACAAAUCGUUAUUUGACUCGCUAGGAACUUGGGCUAGGCUUUAUUAGCCAGCUAGUUAGCUAGGUAGAGAUAAACUUGACAGGCUAAUGUUAGCCAGUUAGCAUGCAAGUUCUUUAUCUCAAAUCUAUUUUAAGCAAGUGAAACUUCUCCCAUUGUUUCAUGGCUUAAUGGCUACAGGUUCUGAGACAUGACUAAACUAACGUUACAUUGAACGUACUUAGAGGCUAGCUAACUGGUGUUGGUGAUGAAGCAAGCUAACGUUAGCUGGAUGUUUGAUACUCGCCAGGGUCCUUAUAGCCAGCUACUGAAGCUGGCGUGUUCUCACAGCUAGACUGACAUCAUGUUAAUAAUGCUUGAUGUUAACCACAUUUUUUUACAGCAUCUUUUGAAGUUUUACAUUAUUUUGAAGCAAUCCCAGCCAUUGAUACCUUUUUUUAUUUACAGUGAUUAAUCGUUUUAUUUGCAAUAGAUUAGAGAGCCUAUUUUCAGAUGUCGCUGUUUGUGGUUCAAUUAUAGCUAGUGAAUGGUCAUCGGUAAUUAUAUUCUGAGAUGGAAAUCACUUGUCACACACAGGUGUUGCCUAACACUCCUUGUGUGAUGCCGAGUCUGUGAUUGUGGUUUUGCCCAGAGAGAGACUGGCCAAACGUGUAUUACCAGUAACUUCUGCCAGACCUGUUGUAUUUGCCACUAACUCUACAUACCCGCCCGCCCAGCCAGUACUGUAUCGUCCCUGGGUAAUUAAACAAUAUGUUUCUGGAAUGAAGCAUUUCAUUGAUUGGUCAAGUGCAGGGACAUGCCACUCAUUAUUAAGGCAACCAGGCUAUAUAAGCAUUGGCUGUUCUAUACAUUUUAGAAUGAACAGCGGUAAAGCCAAUAAUAUUUUAUUCUAGAGAAAAGCUUGUCUCUGUUAGCCUGGAUCCAAGUGGAAUUAUAAUGUUUCACUUCAUGAUGAAACAGAACAAUUCAGUUUGGAUCCAGGCUAGGCCUACAUGUGUUGGCACUCAUCGGAAUGUCAUUUCUGAUUCUAACCAUCAAUUCUGUUCCUAUAUAUCUGCUGUACUUCCUUUUAUCAGUCAUAUACUGUUUCCAUGGCUCUGCCCUUACCUGUAUAAAUCAAUGUGGGAAAAAAAGAUAUGCUUUCAUACUGUCCUAUAAUAAUGGCCAGUUUGACAUAAAUACACAGGGCCAAUGACCACCAAACCAGAGGCAGGAUUCCUGAGAAAGGCAGGUUGAAUGUUUGACAGAAAACUAGGGUGAGAGAGAGAUUAUUUUCCUCUCUUGGUAAGCAAGCAGGGCCUGUCUUUAAUAGCAGCACUCUGUCUGCAUCAGUGCACAACACAAAGGCCUGAUCUGUGUCCCAAAUGGCACCCAUUCCCUAUAAAGUGCACUACUUUUGACCAGGGCUCAUAGGGCUCUGGUCAAAAGUAGUGCACUAUAUAUGGACUAGGAUGCCAAAUGGACUCACCCCUGGCUUUGUAAAGAGGAAGGCAAGUGUAUCUGACUGUGUUGUCAUCAUGUUCUUAUAUUCAAUGAAAGCCCCCCCCCCCCCCUUCCCACCAUCUUACAGUUAUCAUAAUAGCCUGAUAACCAAUGGCUUUCAGCGCUAUUCAACAUCAACCACUGUACCCUUUAUGCCAGGGCUAUUCAACAACAACCACUGUACCCUUUAUGCCAGGGCUAUUCAUCAAUAUUCUUACGGGGGCCAGAUUUGGUCCUCUGUAGCUCAGCUGGUAGAGCAUGGCGCUUGUAACGCCAGGGUAGUGGGUUCGAUCCCCGGGACCAUCCAUACACAAAAAUGUAUGCACGCAUGACUGUAAGUCGCUUUGGAUAAAAGCGUCUGCUAAAUGGCAUAUUAUUAUUAUUAUUAUUAUUAUUAUUAUUAUUAUUUGAAAAAUGUUAUUUACAGGGGAGCCGGGAGAGGGGGGGAGAGAGGAGGGGGGGAGAGGGGGGGGCGGGGAGAGACACCGUUGCCCUAGAGCACCCUAGAGCACACAAAAACGAUACAUACCUCGGCCUAAACAUCAGCGCCACAGGUAACCUCCACAAAGCUGUGAACGAUCUGAGAGACAAGGCAAGAAGGGCCUUCUAUGCCAUCAGAAGGAACAUAAAAUUUGACAUACCAAUUAGGAUCUGGCUAAAAAUACUUGAAUCAGUUAUAGAACCCAUUGCCCUUUAUGGUUCUGAGGUCUGGGGUCCGCUCACCAACCAAGAAUUCACAAAAUGGGACAAACACCAAAUUGAGACUCUGCAUGCAGAAUUCUGCAAAAACAUCCUCCGUGUACUACGUAAAACACCAAAUAAUGCAUGCAGAGCAGAAUUAGGCCAAUACCCACUAAUUAUCAAAAUCCAGAAAAGAGCCGUUAAAUUCUAUAACCACUUAAAAGGAAGCGAUUCCCAAACCUUCCAUAACAAAGCCAUCACCUACAGAGAGAUGAACUUGGAGAAGAGUCCCCUAAGUAAGCUUGUCCUGGGGCUCUGUUCACAAACACAAACAGACCCCACACAGCCCCAGGACAACAACAACAACAACAACACAACUAGACCCAACCAAAUCAUGAGAAAACAAAAAGAGAAUUACUUGACACAUUGGAAAGAACAAACAAAAAAACAGAGCAAACUAGAAUGCUAUUUGGCCCUAAACAGAGAGUACACAGUGGCAGAAUACCUGACCACUGUGACUGACCCAAACUUAAGGAAAGCUUUGACUAUGUACAGACUCAGUGAGCAUAGCCUUGCUAUUGAGAAAGGCCACCGUAGGCAGACCUGGCUCUCAAGAGAAGACAGGCUAUGUGCACACUGCCACAAAAUGAGGUGGAAACUGAGCUGCACUUCCUAACCUCCUGCCAAAUGUAUGACCAUAUUAGAGACACAUAUUUCCCUCAGAUUACAGCGAUCCACAAAGAAUUUGAAAACAAACCCAAUUUUGAUAAACUCCCUUAUCUACUGGGUGAAAAACCACAGUGUGCCAUCACAGCUGCAAGAUUUGUGACCUGUUGCCACAAGAAAAGGGCAACCAGUGAAGAACAAACACCAUUGUAAAUACAACCCAUAUUUAUGUUUAUUUAUUUUCCCAUUUGUACUAUAACUAUUUGCACAUUGUUACAACACUGUAUAUAUAUACAUAAUAUGACAUUUGAAAUGUCUUUAUUCUUUUGAAACUUCUGAGUGUAAUGUUUACUGUUAAUAUUUAUUGUUUAUUUCACUUUUGUUUACUAUCUACUUCACUUGCUUUGGCAAUGUUAACACACGUUUCCCAUGCCAAUAAAGCCCUUAAAUUGAAAUUGAAAUUGAAUUGAGGGGGGGGGUGGGGGGGGGAGAGAGAGAGUGGGGGGGGGUGGGGGGGGGAGAGAGAGAGAGGAGGGGGGGGAGGGGGAGAGAGAGGGGGGGAGGGGGAGAGAGAGACAGGGGGGAGGGGGGGGAGACGGGAGACAGGGGGAGGGGGAGAUGAGAGGGGGGACAGGAGGGGGAGAGGAGAGAGGGGGGGGAGGGAAGAGAGAGAGGGGUAAAUAUUGUAAUACUGUUAUCGCGUCAACCCUAGAAUCAAGAGAGAAGGAAAGAGAGAAUAUGAAGGAGGAAGCUAGAGAGAAUGUGAGAGAGAAAAAGAGAGGGGGGGGAAUGGAAUGUAGGGGACACCAGCCGAUUCUCUGUCUGCCAAGAGCCUCUGUCAUUCUACGCCUGGAAUGAUGAGCUCACCUAUAGUAGGCUAUGCACUUCUUCAAAGUAAUGUAGUCAUACACUAGCACAUCCAACUGAGCCCACAAAAUGGAAGUAGUAGAAAUACCUGCACACACACUGUUGUACGCUGCCAUAUUCUUUACUGCCACACCUUACAUAGCACAGCAUCAUACAGUGUUGAAGUAUUUCUAGUACUUUCAGCUUCCGUAUGACCUUACUCAGACUGCCGUGAUCAUUUGAGGGGAAAGAGGCGCAGUGAUUUAAAAAUAUAUAUUAUUUAGGAUGAAAGCAUACAAAUGUUGACCUUUUCCAUACGGACUGACGUGAUCAUGUGAAAGCACUAGACUGGUGUAUAGACCCUGUGGAAGGAGGAUGGGUCCUAGACUGGUGUAUAGGCCCUGUGGAAGGAGGAUGGGUCCUAGACUGGUGUAUAGGCCCUGUGGAAGGAGGAUGGGUCCUAGACUGGUAUAUAGGCCCUGUGGAAGGAGGAUGGGUCCUAAACUGGUGUAUAGGCCCUGUGGAAGGAGGAUGGGUCCUAGACUGGUGUAUAGGCCCUGUGGAAGGAGGAUGGGUCCUAGACUGGUGUAUAGGCCCUGUGGAAGGAGGAUGGGUCCUAGACUGGUGUAUAGGCCCUGUGGAAGGAGGAUGGGUCCCAGUCUGGUCUAUAGGCCCUGUGGAAGGAGGAUGGGUCCUGUUCUGUGCAGGUGGAUGUCGGUCUGUCCUGAUGACCUUGACAUUGUCAGUGUGGGUGGUGUCUCUGGGAGAGCUGCAGUUUUACUGUCCCCCUAUAAAGAGACCCAGCGGGAUGGGGUCUGGGACUGGGGCUGGAGACAGGUUUGUUUAUUGAUGGUAGUAAAGAGAGUGAGAGGGCUGGUGCUGCCCUCAGGGGUCAGAUUGGCUGUGAUGACCUUUACUCCUCUCUUAAUUCAACUCAAAGGGCUUUAUUGGGAAACAUAUGUUUACAUUGCCCAAGCAAGUUUUAAAAUAAUCAAAAAAAACAAUCAAAAAUGAACAGUAAAUGUUACACUCACAAAAGUUUGAAAGGAAUAGAGACAUUUCAAAUGUUAUAUUAUGUGUAUAUAUACAGUGUUGUAAUGAUGUGCAGAUAGUUAAAGUACAAAAGGGAAAAUAAAUCAACAUAAUUAUGGGUUGUAUUUACAAUGGUGUUUGUUCUUCACUGGUUGCCCUUUUCUUGUUGGAACAGGUCUCUCUCUCCCUCAAAAUUAAAGUGGAAAACCACACUACAGGCUGAUCCAACUUUGAUGUAAUGUCCUUAAAACAAGUCAAAAUGAGGCUCAGUAGUGUGUGUGGCCUCCACGUGCCUGUAUGACCUCCCUACAACGCCUGGGCAUGCUCCUGAUGAGGUGGCGGAUGGUCUCCUGAGGGAUCUCCUCCCAGACCUGGACUAAAGCAUCCGCCAACUCCUGGACAGUCUGUGGUGCAACGUGGCGUUGGUGGAUGGAGCGAGACAUGAUGUGCUCAAUUGGAUUCAGGUCUGGGGAACGGGCGGGCCAGUCCAUAGCAUCAAUGCCUUCCUCUUGCAGGAACUGCUGACACACUCCAGCCACAUGAGGUCUAGCACUGUCUUGCAUUAGGAGGAACCCAGGGCCAACCGCACCAGCAUAUGGUCUCACAAGGGGUCUGAGGAUCUCAUCUCGGUACCUAAUGGCAGUCAGGCUACCUCUGGCGAGCACAUGGAGGGCUGUGCGGCCCCCCAAAGCAAUGCCACCCCACACCAUGACUGACCCACCGCCAAACCGGUCAUGCUGGAGGAUGUUGCAGGCAGCAGAACAUUCUCCACGGCGUCUCCAGACUCUGUCACGUCUGUCACGUGUUCAGUGUGAACCUGCUUUCAUCUGUGAAGAGCACAGGGCGCCAGUGGCGAAUUUGCCAAUCUUGGUGUUCUCUGGCAAAUGCCAAACGUCCUGCACGGUGUUGGGCUGUAAGCACAACCCCCACCUGUGGACGUCGGGCCCUCAUACCACCCUCAUGGAGUCUGUUUCUGACCGUUUGAGCAGACACAUGCACAUUUGUGGCCUGCUGGAGGUAAUUUUGCAGGGCUCUGGCAGUGCUCCUCCUGCUCCUCCUUGCACAAAGGCGGAGGUAGCAGUCCUGCUGCUGGGUUGUUGCCCUCCUACGGCCUCCUCCACGUCUCCUGAUGUACUGGCCUGUCUCCUGGUAGCGCCUCCAUGCUCUGGACACUACGCUGACAGACACAGCAAACCUUCUUGCCACAGCUCACAUUGAUGUGCCAUCCUGGAUGAGCUGCACUACCUGAGCCACUUGUGUGGGUUGUAGACUCUGUCUCAUGCUACCACUAGAAUGAAAGCACCGCCAGCAUUCAAAAGUGACCAAAACAUCAGCCAGGAAGCAUAGGAACUGAGAAGUGGUCUGUGAUCACCACCUGCAAAACCAGUCCUUUAUUGGGGGUGUCUUGCUAAUUGCCUAUAAUUUCCACCUGUUGUCUAUUCCAUUUGCACAACAGCAUGUGAAAUUUAUUGUCAAUCAGUGUUGCUUCCUAAGUGGACAGUUUGAUUUCACAGAAGAGUGAUUGACUUGGAGUUACAUUGUGUUGUUUAAGUGUUCCCUUAAUUUUUUUGAGCAGUGUAUGUGUGUGUAUAUAUAUAUAUGUAUAUGUGUGUGUGUGUGUGUGUGUGUGUGUGGUGUGUGUGUGUGUAUAUAUAUAUAUAUAUAUAUAUAUAUAUAUAUAUAUAUAUAUAUAUAUAAUGUAUAUAUAUGUGUGUGUAUAUACAGUGAGGGAAAAAAGUAUUUGAUCCCCUGCUGAUUUUGUACAUUUGCCCACUGACAAAGAAAUGAUCAGUCUAUAAUUUUAAUGGUAGGUUUAUUUGAACAGUGAGAGACAGAAUAACAACAAGAAAAACGCAUGUCAAAAAUGUUAUAAAUUGAUUUGCAUUUUAAUGAGGGAAAUAAGUAUUUGACCUCCUUUCAAUCAGAAAGAUUUCUGGCUCCCAGGUGUCUUUUAUACAGGUAAUGAGCUGAGAUUAGGAGCACACUCUUAAAGGGAGUGCUCCUAAUCUCAGCUUGUUACCUGUAUAAAUGACACCUGUGCACAGAAGCAAUCAAUCAAUCAGAUUCCAAACUCUCCACCAUGGCCAAGACCAAAGAGCUCUCCAAGGAUGUCAGGGACAAGAUUGUAGACCUACACAAGGCUGGAAUGGGCUACAAGACCAUCGCCAAGCAGCUUGGUGAGAAGGUGACCAGUUGGUGCGAUUAUUCGCAAAUGGAAGAAACACAAAAGAACUGUCAAUCUCCCUCGGCCUGGGGCUCCAUGCAAGAUCUCACCUUGUGGAGUUGCAAUGAUCAUGAGAACGGAGAGGAAUCAGCCCAGAACUACACGGGAGGAUCUUGUCAAUGAUCUCAAGGCAGCUGGGACCAUAGUCACCAAGAAAACAAUUGGUAACACACUACGUCGUGAAGGACUGAAAUCCCGCAGCGCCCGCAAGGUCCCCCUGCUCAAGAAAGCACAUAUACAUGCCCGUCUGACGUUUGCCAAUGAACAUCUGAAUGAUUCAGAGGACAACUGGGUGGAAGUGUUGUGGUCAGAUGAGACCAAAAUUGAGCUCUUUGGCAUCAACUCAACUCGCCGUGUUUGGAGGAGGAGGAAUGCUGCCUAUGACCCCAAGAACACCAACCCCACUGUCAAACAUGGAGGUGGAAACAUUAUGCUUUGGGGGUGUUUUUCUACUAAGGGGACAGGACAACUUCACGGCAUCAAAGGAACAAUGGACGGGGCCAUGUACCGUCAAAUCUUGGGUGAGAACCUCCUUCCCUCAGCCAGGGCAUUGAAAAUGGGUCGUGGAUGGGUAUUCCAGCAUGACAAUGACCCAAAACACACGGCCAAGGCAACAAAGGAGUGGCUCAAGAAGAAGCACAUUUAGGUCCUGGAGUGGCCUAGCCAGUCUCCAGACCUUAAUCCCAUAGAAAAUCUGUGGAGGGAGCUGAAGGUUCGAGUUGCCAAACGUCAGCCUCGAAACCAAGUACUAAGUCAUGUUUUGCAGGGGGGUCAAAUACUUAUUUCCCUCAUUAAAAUGCAAAUCAAUUUAUAACAUUUUUGACAUGCGUUUUUCUGGAUCUUUUUGUUGUUAUUCUGUCUCUCACUGUUCAAAUAAACCUACCAUUAAAAUUAUAGACUGAUCAUUUCUUUGUCAGUGGGCAAACGUACAAAAUCUGCAGGGGAUCAAAUACUUUUUUCCCUCACUGUGGUUCUGGGAUUUUUGCUCACCGUUCUUGUGAUCAUUUUGACCCCACGGGGUGAGAUCUUGCGUGGAGCCCCAGAUUGAGGGAGAUUAUCAGUGGUCUUGUAUUUCUUCCAUUUCCUAAUAAUUGCUCCCACAGUUGAUUUCUUCAAACCAAGCUGCUUACGUAUUGCAGAUUCAGUCUUCCCAGCCUGGUGCAGGUCUACAAUUUUGUUUCUGGUGUCCUUUGACAGCUCUUUGGUCUUGGCCAUAGUGGAGUUUGGAGUGUGACUGUUUGAGGUUGUGGACAGGUGUCUUUUAUACUGAUAACAAGUUCAAACAGGUGCCAUUAAUACAGGUAACGAGUGGAGGACAGAGGAGCUUCUUAAAGAAGAAGUUACAGGUCUGUGAGAGCCAGAAAUCUUGCUUGUUUGUAGGUGACCAAAUACUUAUUUUCCACCAUAAUUUGCAAAUAAAUUCAUUAAAAAUCCUACAAUGUGAUUUUCAGGAUUUUUUUUCUCAAUUUGUCUGUCAUAGUUGACGUGUACCUAUGAUGAAAAUUACAGGCCUCUCUCAUCUUUUUAAGUGGGAGAACUUGCACAAUUGGUGGCUGACCAGUUGACCAUCCCUGAUCUAGACUACUAGAGUUAGGUGUGGGACUAGAGGACAUUCACUGCAAUAGCAAGCCACUACAGCUACAAAAACAGGAUUUCACCAUCUCACAUUCAUAUCUCUCUUUUAUAUCUUUCUGUUUUUUUCCUGGUCAGGUCAUGUGACCCUACGCAUAACUGUAACUAGCCCGUAUUUACAAAGGAUCUUAGGGUAGUAGUGUUGUUGAUCUUGGAUCAGUUUAGCCUUUUAGAUCAAAUUAUAUGGACAGAGGGUACCUGAUCCUAAAUCAGCGCUCCUACUUUGUGAAUACGGGCCACUUUGAGUACGGUAAGUAAGGGUGUGUGUGUUAAUGUAUCCUGUCCCCUCUCAGGGACAUCAUGAUCACACACUUUGAGCCGUCCAUCUCCUACGAGGGGCUGUACGGGGAGGUCAAAGACAUGUGCUGCAUGGACAACGACCAGCUCUUCACCAUGAAGUGGAUCGAUGAAGAAGGUUUGUUUACCAUAGUUCUCCUAUAUAUCCACCUCCAUCCGUUCGUCCAUUCAUAAAUUCAUUAAUGCAUCCGUCCAUCUUUCUCAUCCUUUACAGAUGUCUACAGUCUUUUAUGGGCAGAUCUCUAAUGACACUCAGUGUUGCCAACUUAGCGACUUUGUCGCUAUACUUAGCGAGUUUUCAGACCCCUCUAGCAACACAUUUUCAAAAAAGCGACUAGCAACAAAUCUAGCGACUUUUUCUGGUGUUAUUGGAGACUAUUGGAGACUCUGACGUGAAAGCACGUAUCGUUCUUACUCUUCUCAACGAGCAGCGGGUGCUGCCAUGGACCCACCCCCGUCCCAAAGCACUCACAGCCGGCCCAGUCCUUGCGCAGCAGUCCCUCCCAGCUGCAGUCAGAGCAUGAGAUGGUCAUGAGCUGGUCAUGUCCCCCCACAGUAUCUGACCAGCUGGUCAUGCCCCCCCCCACAGUAUCUGACCAGCUGGUCAUGCCCCCCCCACAGUAUCUGACCAGCUGGUCAUGCCCCCCCACAGUAUCUGACCAGCUGGUCAUGCCCCCCCACAGUAUCUGACCAGCUGGUCAUGCCCCCCCCCCCCACAGUAUCUGACCAGCUGGUCGUGCCCCCCCCACAGUAUCUGACCAGCUGGUCGUGCCCCCCCCACAGUAUCUGACCAGCUGGUCGUGCCCCCCCCACAGUAUCUGACCAGCUGGUCAUGCCCCCCCCCCACAGUAUCUGACCAGCUGGUCAUGCCCCCCCCCCCACAGUAUCUGACCAGCUGGUCAUGCCCCCCCCCCCCACAGUAUCUGACCAGCUGGUCAUGCCCCCCCCCACAGUAUCUGACCAGCUGGUCAUGCCCCCCCCCACAGUAUCUGACCAGCUGGUCAUGCCCCCCCCCCCCCCCACAGUAUCUGACCAGCUGGUCAUGCCCCCCCCCACAGUAUCUGACCAGCUGGUCGUGCCCCCCCACAGUAUCUGACCAGCUGGUCGUGCCCCCCCACAGUAUCUGACCAGCUGGUCGUGCCCCCCCCCCCACAGUAUCUGACCAGCUGGUCGUGCCCCCCCCCCACAGUAUCUGACCAGCUGGUCGUGCCCCCCCCCCCCACAGUAUCUGACCAGCUGGUCGUGCCCCCCCCCCCCCCCACAGUAUCUGACCAGCUGGUCAUGCCCCCCCACAGUAUCUGACCAGCUGGUCGUGCCCCCCCACAGUAUCUGACCAGAUGGUCAUGCCCCCCCCACAGUAUCUGACCAGCUGUCGUGCCCCCCCCCCCCCCCCCCCCCCCCCCCAGUAUCUGACCAGCUGGUCAUGCCCCCCCCCCCCCACAGUAUCUGACCAGCUGGUCAUGCCCCCCCACAGUAUCUGACCAGCUGGUCGUGCCCCCCCCCACAGUAUCUGACCAGCUGGUCAUGCCCCCCCCCCACAGUAUCUGACCAGCUGGUCAUGCCCCCCCCACAGUAUCUGACCAGCUGGUCAUGCCCCCCCCCCCACAGUAUCUGACCAGCUGGUCGUGCCCCCCCCACAGUAUCUGACCAGCUGGUCGUGCCCCCCCCACAGUAUCUGACCAGCUGGUAAUGCUCCCCCCACAGUAUCUGACCAGCUGGUAAUGCCCCCCCCACAGUAUCUGACCAGCUGGUCAUGCCCCCCCCCACAGUAUCUGACCAGCUGGUCAUGCCCCCCCCCCCCCCCCCCCAGUAUCUGACCAGAGUGGUGUGAUUUGAGACCCAGCCAUGACCCAUCUCUCUCUGUCCUCACAGGUGACCCGUGUACAGUAUCGUCUCAGCUGGAGCUGGUGGAAGCCCUGAGGCUCUACGAACUCAACAAAGACUCUGAACUCAUCAUCCACGGUAACAUGACCUUCUACAUCUGACAACAUAAUAAAUACAUAAUCUUUCCAUUAAAAAAAAACAUUUUAGUCAUUUAGCAGACGCUCCUAUCCAGAGCGAUUUACGGGAGCAAUUACGGUUAAGUGCCUUGCUCAGCUGGUCAGAUACUGUGGGGGGGACAUGACCAGCUGGACAGAUUUGUCACCUAGUCGGCUCUGGGAUUUGAACCAGGUACGUUUCGGUUACUGGCCCAUCGUGCUUAACCACUAGGCUACCUGCCGCCCCAGUUCUAUAAACUGUAUUGAUACCCCAAGGGGAAAUAUUUGCUGGGCUGACAGUGCAGACAACAUCCAACAACAGAAUAAAUGCAUUGAGCUUUCAUAACCUAAUUUUAAUUGAACAGCAGACACCAUUAUAAGUCACUCUCUGUCUGCUACACUGAUCCUCUCCUUCUGCUAACUAGACAAACAUCAGACAGCCUCACAAUCACCAGGAACUAGACAGGUGUUUACAGAGUAGUCUGUGUGUCAGUGCAUGUGAGAUUGGUUGUCUUUUAUCAACACUGGAGAGGAAGGAAGGUCACAGGUUAAGAGCAAGAGGAGGAGGAGACCAGAGGUGGGAGAGGAGAGGAGGGGAGGUGGAGGAUAGGGGGAAGGGCACAGAGGGGUGCCAAGUCUGCUAGAUAAUGAGAACAUCCACUCUACCCCACCUCUGGCACACACACACGUGUGAUGUAGGAAUUGUUCAUCGCAACCGUGGUUUUCCCUUUUCUUCUUCUAGUGUUUCCAUGUAUCCCAGAGAAGCCUGGCAUGCCCUGUCCAGGAGAGGACAGUACGUCUACAUCUCUACUUGUCCCUCUUCUAUCCAAAUCAUUGUUUUCUGAAGAUUGGAGUAUCUCUCUCUCGGACACACACACACACUUGUUCCAGUAACCCCUGUGUUGUUCUGUUCCUCAGGGUCUAUUUAUCGUCGUGGGGCGAGGCGUUGGAGGAAGCUCUACUACUCCGGUGGUCAUGCCUUCCAGGCUAAACGCUUCAACAGGGUGAGAAAUCCUCUCUGUUUCUCUCCUCUCCCUCUUUCACUCCAUCUCGCUCUUCCAAUCAGUGACUUAGCUGUUUUAAUGAUAAGUUGAUAUUUUGAAGGUGGGUGUGGUUGUCUAACUUUUUUUGUCUGUUGUCUCCCCUCUGUACUCAUCGUAGAGAGCUCACUGCGCCAUCUGUACGGACCGUAUCUGGGGUCUGGGGCGGCAGGGCUACAAAUGCAUCAACUGCAAACUGCUGGUCCACAAGAAGUGCCACAAACUGGUCAGCGUUGAGUGUGGGAGACAGAUCCAGGUGAGAUGCAGAGAGCCUCUUCUGUGGUCCCGGAGUUUUACCUUGGUUCAGUCAGAGCCUCUUCUGUGGUCCCUGAGUUUUACCUUGGUUCAGUCAGAGCCUCUUCUUAAACUGUGGGCCCUGAGUUUUACCUCGGACUCAUAAAGGACUGACUGGAAAUACUUUGUGCCUCAGUAUUGCUCAAUGAUUCCUCUUUAUCUCUAUCUCUCUAUUUCCAUCUCUCUCUCUCUAGGAGCCCAUCAUGGGGCCUGAUAGGGGAUCCUCCAUCACUCCAUUAGACCACUCUGAACAGCCAGGUAACACACACACACUGCUUUUUUAAGGAUUUAGAAAACUAGCCUUGGUGAGAAAAAAUAGAUAAACAAUAAAUGAAUAGUUUUUUUAGACCAUGUGUCUCUAGACCUCAGUCACUAAGCUGCAGGAAGUGAGCUUUAAGUCCAGUCAGGUGGUCUACUGGUGGCUGGCUGAAUGAGAAGGCUUAACAUUCCCACUAGGAACUAUCUUAUAUCACGCUCUAGUGUCUAGGGGGAGAAGUGAACCUCCUCUCUCUCUCUCUCUCUCUCUGUAUCUCUCUCUCUCUGUGUCUCUCUCUCUCUCUCUCUCUCUGUAUCUCUCUCUCUCUGUGUCUCUCUCUCUCUCUCUCUCUCUCUCUCUCUCUCUCUCUCUCUCUCUCUGUCUCUCUCUCUCUCUCUCUCUCUCUCUCUCUCUCUCUCUCUCUCUCUCUCUCUCUGUCCUCUCUCUCUCCUCUCUCUCUCUCUCUGUCUCAUCUCUCUCUCUCUCUCUCUCUCUGUUCUCUCGCAUCUCUGCAUCCUCCUCGUGCCUCUCUCUCUCUCUCAGCUCAUUCCUCUCUCUGUCCUCUCUCUCUCUCUCUCUCUCUCUCUCUCUCUCUCUCUCUCUCUCUCUGUCUCUCCUCUCCUUUAUUUCUCUGUCUCUCUCUCUCUCUCUCUCUCAGGUCCUCAGAACAGAGAGUCCAGUGAGAGUCUGAACUACGACGGAGAAGAGAAAGAGGUCAGAAUUGUUUGUUGCCAAAUGUCUGUCUGUCUGUCUCAUGUCUGUUUAUCUGUCUGCCUCUCAUGUCUAACUCUGUCUGUCUGUCUGUCCUGUAGGCGCGCUGCAGCAGAGACACAGGGAAGUCAGCGUCCAGUCUGGGUCUGGUGGACUUUGAUCUGCUGAGCGUGAUCGGCCGGGGCAGCUAUGCUAAGGUCCUGCUGGUCCGACUCAAGAAGACUGAGAGGAUCUACGCCAUGAAGGUGGUUAAGAAGGAGCUGGUCAACGACGACGAGGUACUAUAAAAACACACACACACUGAUACCCGUAAGCACACACUUACAUACACACAUGAUUGACACUUUGAGAGGUGCUACCUGACCGAUCAUCUGUGCCAUUCCUCCUCUCUCUGUCUCUCCUCUCUGUCUCCCCUCUCUGUCUCCCCUCUCUGUCUCCCCUCUCUGUCUCCUCUGUCUUCUCUGUUCAGACCUAUUAUUAUUGUCAGUCAAUAGAGGUCUGUCACUAUUCACUGUGUUCAUACAUUGUCACUCUCCUCACAUCAUUAGGUCAUCCACUCACUGUGCUCAGAUUGCCAGAAAUCACAAAAUCACUCUUAUUCUGCAGCCCUCAUCAGAUGGGAGCAGUCUAUCAACACCAUUCACUGUGUGUUCAGCCAUUCUCACUCCUAACAUCCACUGUCUCAUUUUGCAUCCUGUCUGUCUCUGCCUGUCAGUCGUCUCUGUUUGCCUGUCUUCCUGUCUGCCCGUCUGUCGGCGGCUGGUCAUUUCUACUAAGAACUUUUUUUUAGUCGUGUUUAAGACUUGAUUUCCAAAUAGUGUGUGUGUGUGUUAUUCCCUGUGUUGUAGGACAUCGACUGGGUCCAGACAGAGAAGCACGUGUUUGAGCAGGCGUCCAACCACCCCUUCCUAGUGGGGCUACACUCCUGUUUCCAGACCGAGAGCAGACUGUUCUUUAUCAUAGAGUAUGUGAACGGAGGAGACCUGAUGUUCCACAUGCAGAGACAGAGGAAAAUACCAGAGGAACACGCCAGGUGAGAACAGUGACGUCAUGGCUACACCUGGCUUAAAAUAAUGUAUAUUCCCCGGGCUGUUUCAAUCUCACCCGAGGAGGUCCGGAGUACUGCUGCAUUUCUGUUCUACCUGAUAAUGAAUUGCAUCCAGCUGGUGUCCCCGGGAUAAAUCAGUCCCUGAUUUUAGAGGGAAGCAAAUUAUUCUAUUAAAGCAGUGGAACUGGCUUCGAGGUCCAGAUUUGAAUUUGAGGGGUAUAUGAUGUCUGUUGAUCUGAAACACCCAGGACGGCACAUCUGUGAUCUCCCACAGUAGGCUCACGUUGCCAGACAUAAAAUUCACGUGUCUUCGAACCUAGAACCUUUGGGGCAGGCCAACAGCUCUAGCACACCUGGGGCGUAUUCAUUAUGCCAAUUCUGUUGCAAAACGUUUCUUAAACGGACGCAAACGUGGAGGGAUCCUACCUGAAUUUGUCCAAUGCCAAUAGAAAGUCGUUUUUUUUUUUUGUUGCAAAGUGUUCCGUUUUGCAGCUGCAUGGACUAAUGAUUACACUUCUGAUUCUACUAACCAAGGGCUUGGUGAUUAUCUCUGUAGCUCUAAGAUGGUGGUGAGUCUGACUAGUUCUUCACCAUCUCUCUGUGUGUGUCAGGUUUUACUCCGCCGAGAUCAGCUUGGCGUUGAACUACCUCCAUGAGAGAGGCAUCAUCUACAGAGACCUCAAACUGGACAACGUGCUGCUGGAGUCUGAAGGGCACAUCAAACUCACUGACUACGGCAUGUGCAAGGUGGGUGUCCGUUGGUGUCUGUCUGUCUGUACUGUGUGUGUGUCUUAUCUUUUUGUGUGCUGGCGUGUGUGUAUGCGGUUGUCCCUGUACAUCUAAGCUUGUGUGUGUGUGUUACAUUUUAGUAAUUUAGCAGAGAAUGUUAUCUAGAGCGACUAACAGUAGUGAGUGCAUACAUUUUCGUACUGGUCCACUGUGGGAAUGGAACCCACGACCCUGGCGUUGCAAGCAUCAUGCUCUACCAACUGAGACGAACGGGACCUGGACGUUGUGAGAUGUGUGUCCUUCCUGUGCUCUGUAGGAGGGCUUGAGACCAGGAGACACCACCAGUACGUUCUGUGGGACCCCCAACUACAUCGCCCCUGAGAUACUGAGAGGAGAGGACUAUGGCUUCAGCGUGGACUGGUGGGCUCUGGGGGUGCUGAUGUUUGAGAUGAUGGCUGGACGGUCGCCCUUCGACAUCGUAGGAAGCUCCGACAACCCAGACCAGAACACAGAAGACUUCCUCUUCCAAGGUAACGCUGUUAGGACAGGGUCAAAGUUAAUGUUAUGGAAAGUAGUCAUAUCGUUACUCUGUGUUGGCUGAUCCUCAAGAAAAAGAACAUGGUACUCUGAUCAGUCAGCAAAAAAUGAAAUCUGUGCAACUAGGCUUGGGCGAUAUACUGUAUAUGCAGUAUUCCGGGGUAUUUGGAAAUAGCCAUGGGAUGGUUUUUCAAUAUGGUUGAAACUAUUUCUUUGACGUUUUUCAAUAUAUUUUAAUAUUUGUAGCUACUUAUUAAGUAAAUACCUGCAGUCAGCUUGUGCAAUACAUUAGGAGAUGAAGCAGAUCGCGUUCUUCAUUUCACCACAUUAUUUUACAUUAUGAAGUUUACCGUAGUUCCCCAGAACAGUUGAGCCAGUCACUUGUGUUUGUAAAUAUCACAACGGGAGAAAGCAGGAUCAGGUGAGUCAAGCUGUGUAUUGACAGAGGUCGCGUUUUAUAUUGAAAGUCAACAGUGUUUUUUUGCUUCAAUAGAGUGAUAAGGGACGUGCAACGAUAGUUUUCCUUCACAGAAAAUACAUUAGUGCAACACAUUCGGCAGAAGAUAGCUUCAUUUUCAUCAGAUGACAACAGAAGUGCAAGGUAUUUUUUGCAACAAACGAUGCAUGGCCAUCAUAUUUCUGAUGUUUAUCAUUGACCAAAUGUAGCCAGCUACAUUUCCUAAUGUUUUGCUUAAAGUUUAUCUUGCAUUUUACUGGAGAAAAGAAGGCUGGCUACACUGAGAAAAGUACCGCAGAAAAGUAGCCCCACCUCAGUCAGAUAGCUGUCUGCUUAUAGAAUACCCGUUCGUCAAUUGUCAUCUGAGUGGAGACGUGCAACUGAAGCACAAAAUUAGUUUGAUGCCGAACAGAAAUUACAAUAAGAAGCAUUUUAGGUCUGCGUUUACAAAACGCAGCAAGAUAUUAAUUUUUCCCCUGCGUGAAAAACGAAAAAUUCUGUUUUAACGUGACCCCUAAGUUUAACUUGCUAGUUAUCGAAGUUAGUGGCUGAAUUAAUAAAGUGACGGGGCAAUCAUAUUGUGUUAGCUGUCUGCGGUUUGAGAAGUCAAAGCCCUUUGGAUGAGUUAUCUGUACAGCUGCCAAUGCAGCUUGAUUUCCUAGAAAUGGUUUAUCCUCUCCAUUCUCGGCCUGUCGGCUCCUCCCGGAUCUUCUCUGAGCAGAGCAGGCAGGCCUGUUGCCCUAGCGGCUCCAGACUCCACACAGACACACUGUGUACACGGUACUGUUCUUCCUUCAGACAAGCAUGCGUCAAAACUUUGUUCAUUUGCAAUGUCUUUCGUUCACAUUCGCUUGUAAAUGUCCAAACUCACCUAAAAUGACAUUCGGUAGCUCCUACCUAUACAUGUAUAGCUUCAUGAGCUGGACUGCCUGUCUUUGCAAUUCGUUUAUUUUAAUUUGCGCUCGUUAGCAUAUUUAGCUAGCAGCCUCCUUUUGAAAUUCGCUAUUACUUGUGCUAAUUUUGUUAACAUUCUGGUAAUAGACGCCCAAUGUGCUUUCUUGGCGUUCUUUGGCGCCCCCUUGUGUACUAAACCGGUAAUACCUUAAAUCCCGGGACGAGAGAAGGACUAUGGAAAAUCUGGAUACCGCCCAACCCUACUGUUGUGCACCUCUAGUCAAAAGUCUGAUGUUGUUGUGGCCUGGCUGGUGUAGCGGUAAUGCUGCAUUGUCUGGCACACACGUCUACAGUGUCAGCAUAUAGCUCUGGAUAAGAGCGUCUGCUAAAUGACUAAAAUGUAAAUGUAAAUAUAGUUUUCAAUAAGGUAUUUUUCACAACCUCUCUCUUCAUAUCCCAACUGUCACUGUUGUGAAAACACUCUAAAAUCUAAAGAUACCUUUCUUUAUGAGAAAAAAAAAAAAAAAAAGUGAAUCUUCUCUCUCCUCUCUGUAGUAAUAUUGGAAAAACAGAUCAGGAUUCCUCGGUCGUUGUCAGUCAAAGCUGCCAGCGUCCUCAAGGGCUUCCUCAACAAGGUAAUUACCACACACACACACACACACACACACACACACACACACACACACACACACACAGGCAGAUCAAUCCUAACAAGGUCAUGUCACACUUCCCUCUGACCAUGAUGUAAUUAACCUUUACUCUCCUUCCUUCCCUCCCUCCCUCCCUCCCUCCCUCCCUCUCUUCUAUCUCUCCCCUCCCUCCCUCUCUUCUGUCUUUCUCCCAGGAACCUAAGGAGCGGCUAGGCUGUCACCCCCAGACGGGCUUCGCUGACAUCAUGGGUCAUCCCUUCUUCAGAAACGUAGACUGGGACCUUGUGAGUCAUCGUGUCUUCUAUCUUUCUCUUCAAUGGAACUCUCUGUCUGUCUUUAAUCUGUUCUAUCAGUGUUUUCUGGUGUUUAGGUAUGCCAAAGCACCAUGGCCCAACACAUACAGAGACAGUGAAUCAUUGCUUUCAUUCAAACAAAGCAGCAGAAUUCUCACCAACGAAAUGAACUCCCAACACUGUGAACGACGGACAGUGAGACAAAUCAACUCCCAUACUGUUUCCACGUAGUUGAGGGUCAUCACCUUAGACUGGCCCAGACAGGCUUCUUCCCCGCCAGGGAACAAGACAGGCCAAUUAGAUGUAUCGGUUCUCUAAGGGCAGGUUUCUCAGACUCCCAUUAAAGCUUAUUCCUGGACUAAGUGGUUAUGUCACAGUGGUUCUGUUGUAGUUUGAGGGUCACCACCAGAGAAUAAGCAGCAACAUGACUAACCAGAUGUUAUUUUCCCGUUGCCUGGCAAUUUGGUUGCAGCAAUCUAAAAACAACAGACACCAGGGUUGGGGUCUAUUCCAUUUCAAUUCAGUCAAUUCAGAUUUUCAAUAUUCUGGAAAAAUACAAUAGGAAUUUCAGUUUACUUCCUGAAUUGAAAAGGAAUUGAGUCUAACCAUGGUAAUGGGCCAUACACACUCCCAGGGUAGUCUCUCCCACCCCUCCUGCUAGCCAAACAAACAGACCAGCCUCCAGACAUGCCUCCAGUCCGUCCAGUCCCAGACCAGCUCAGGAGCAGCCUGACCUCUUUUCUCUGUUUGGUCUGGACUGUUGCUGUCCUGUCUACUGACUGACUGGCUGGCUGGCUGGCUGGCUGGCUGGCUGGCUGGCUGGCUGGCUGGCUGGCUGGCUGGCUGGCUGGCUGGCUGGCUGGCUGGCUGGCUGGCUGGCUGGCUGGCUGGCUGGCUCUCUGACUGGCUGGCUGGCUGGCUGGCUGGCUCUCUGUCUGGAGGGAUCGAGUUACACUGCUGAGCUGCCUCCCCCUCCACUCAGUCUCACCUCAUAAACAACAGGUGGCAGCCUGGCCAUGCAGUACUAUCGUCUACCUGCAGGGGGGGGGGGGCAGUACUGGGUCAACACACUGCAGGCUGUCUGUCUGGGUUGUGAGUUGACAGUGAAGUUUCCUCUGAGCCAAAGCACAGUCACUGUUAUCGUUUCGGAGAGAAAGAGGGAGAUUGGCUUUUGGUUAAAUUAUUGUUUGUUAGACAUGGUUUAUCUUCUCUGGUUUGAAAUGGUUCUGAACUAUUUCCAGGAGAGUUCUGUAGUAGUGUUUUUCUUGACAUAGUUAAAUUGACUGUUUCAUACACUGACCUCCAUUUAAAGUAUUUUGUAAAUAAGGCUUGUUGGUUGAAACAUGGUGCUUGGAGUACAAGGUUGGCUGUAAGUAGCUUUGGAUAAAAGCAUAUGGUAAAUAACUUCAUAUACAUUAUUUUAAACAAGAGUAUCAAGCUCAAGCUGUAUGUGUGGAUGUCUCUUUGACUGUGUGUGUGUCUGACCUCUGACCUCAUUGCCUUGUGUUGUUUCAGAUGGAGCAAAAGCAGGUGGCUCCUCCGUUCAAACCCAACAUCUCAGGAGAGUUUGGACUGGACAGCUUCGACACCCAGUUCACCAACGAGCCCAUCCAGCUCACGCCUGAUGACGAGUGAGUGUCCUAAUGGCUGUCUGGUCAGACUGUCUCUGUCUUUCAUCAUGGAUCAUUUAUAUCCCAGUUUUAUGAUGGAGGUUACUAGACCUGUGAUUUGCUUACUGAUCAGUAACGUCAUAGGACCCCGUUAACCGCUGUUCCUUUCCUGUGUGUGUGUUCCAGUGAUGUGGUGAAGAAGAUCGACCAGUCGGAGUUCGAAGGGUUUGAGUACAUCAACCCUCUCCUGAUGUCAGCCGAGGAGUGUGUGUGAACUUGGUGUGUGUGUGUGUGUGUGAGCGGACGCAGCACGCCGCCGCCAUUAACUCUGCAUUGUUACCAGACAACCCAGCGAUGACAUCAUCAAAGAGCGUCCUGCUGUUGGAUAGAGAGAGAGAGAGCUGCCGGGGCUCUCAGACAAGCGACGCUAACUUGCCAAACCAAUCUCACAUAGUGUGUACACAUCCCAAAUGGCUCCCUACGUGUGGUGCACUAGGGAAUGGGGUGCCAUUUUGGACGAAAGCCACUCGUGUCAUUUUUUUUUUAACAACUAUUCCUUUAAACCUACGUUCUCGCUGUAAUUAUUUUUGUGUCAUGUAUCAAAUCCGCACUGAUUUCCUUGUUGGUCAUCAGAGCACCUGCUCUCAGUAGCCAAUGGUGGUUGGUUACCUAGGUUACUGGACACAAAGGGACAGGGAAAGAGGGAUACAGACGGUCCACAGAGAACAAACUACCCUUCCUCUCUUCUUCCCAGCUUGGUGGUGUUUGAUGCAUAUUUUAUUUGUACAUAAUAAGAAUCAUCUAUGUUUAGCCAAGGCCUUUUAACCCCAAGCCAGAUCACCAGGGGACAUAGUUGAAAACUGUUUAAUGAUCUGUGUUCGGACGGAAGAACAACAAGACAUUAUGGACACAACCAAACUGUGAAUGGAAGAGUUUACUGUGUGGAGAGGAUUAGGACGGGUGGGCUGGAGCGCUAGCUGAUUCUAGGGGUGUGUCCCAAAUGGCGCCCUAUCUAGUGCACUACUUUAGGUCAUAGCCCUAUGGGCCCUGGUC